UUGUAGGGGAUACGUACCACGGAGGUACAAUCAGAAUCUAAUUCUACCUCCAUAGUACAACCUAGAUAAUGAUUCAGUGAAUCAAGGGGACAAGAAGAGAGGCGUACAAUUUUGGUUUUUCGAGGUUCAGGAGCUGCCCCAUUUGAGCCCUACAGUACAUGUGUAUACAUUGUUAUAUUGUAUAGUGUUCAACUACACGUCUACGGUCUAGACAGCAGCAAGAUGACCCGAUUCAGCUGGUUUGCAAGCUUCACAGCUUCCAUCAUUAUUGCACUCAUUCCAGUUGUAAAUGGCCAACUCAACAUCACAGAGCCAGGCAGACGGACCCGCAUCUAUGGACAGGAUUUUGUGGUGGUUAUACCCCUGACUACUGGCUUGCCAGAAUUUGGUUCAUCCCUCCAAAUUGCUUGUGUUGCUUGUCAAAGUUCAUCUGCCACAGGUCGCAUCACUCUUCUACAAGGAAACUUUUCCAAAAGUUUUAGCGUUGAGGCUACAUCUCCAAACUUUGUUUCUCUAAGCAUCUCUGAACUUCAACUCUUGGCAACUACCACACCACCAACGCCGGCUAUGUUUAACAUUACAGCCGAUGAAAACAUAACUGUGACCGUCCUUGUCAAGAUUGCUGGUACCCUGAAUGCGUACACCGCUUUCCCCGUAGACUCCCUGGAUGGAUAUUACAUCGUAGCUUCUUAUGGAAGGCUAGAGGAAGAUGUGUCAGAACUCACUGUCGUUGCUACUGAACCAGAAACAUAUUUUAAUUUGCACCCAUACAGUAAUGUCACCAUUCUUGGUCAUGAGGAUUGGCCAGCAACGAUGCAAUUUCGGCGAGGAAUUGGGGGAUGGGUGACGUAUCAGACAACUGACAGCUUCAUGGGGGGUCAUAUACAAGAAGUGACAAACAAACCACUCAUUGGCAUUGUGGGAACACACCGUGCAUCCGCAGAGUAUGGUUGGGCUCAAUCACUAGAUCAGCUGAACCCGGUAGUAUCCUUAGGGACAAGGUACACUGCAGUGCCAGUUGCUGGAAAUCAUCUCCGAAACAUCUUCCGCAUUGUACCCGUCUGGGAAAAUACCAACAUCACUUGGAUUUCAGGGCAACAGUCAAGCGGGAAGUAUCGUCACGAAAGCUAUAUACUCAACAGUGGCCAGAAUCAUGAUAUGAGCUGUGGUCCCUAUGAAAUCGGGCAAAUUCAAGGCUCCAAACCAUUCCUGUUGCUCCACCACAUUGAGUUUGAGACACCCGUUGUGGACACCGCACUAGUCACCGUACCACCGGCAGAACAGUUCACGCGUCAGUCUUUUACAUUCUCAACGUAUGAACUCGACACAAAAGUAGACACCUACAUCACCAUAGUGGCGCCUUGCAAGCAUUCUGAACAGAUUUGGCUUCAGGAGACGGCUGGCCGUGGUCGGGCCUCUGCUUCGAAGGUCGAGAAAAAAAGAUCAGUCGUUGGUGGAGAAUACUGUGGAUCCAACAGAAAGCUGAACGCUGGUGUAUACACAAUAGGACCAGAUCCAGCCAGUCCAUCAGAAGCUGUGUACUCCGCCAUACUGUACGGCAAGACAGCAUCUGGCGUCUUUGCUUACAUCCUUGCCUCUGAACUCAACCAAGUCACUUGUAGUGUAAAGGACACAGAAGUUACUCUUUGCCAUCCUCCAAGAGUGCCCAUCCAGCCUGCUUUGACAACUGUCCAGACUUCAACGGCCCCUAACAAAAACAACAGUAAUGUUUUUGGAGCGGUUGUUGCAGUAGUGAUCAUCGUUGCUGGAUUGGCCAUUCUUGGUUUCUGUUUGUUUCGUUAUUACAGAAGUGGCCGUUGGAAGCGCUCAGGCAUUACAAUGAGGGACAAGCCCAUUGUUUAUAGCUUAUUGUAA